AUGAGCUCGUACUUCGUGAACCCGCUGUACUCCAAGUACAAGGCGGCGGCCGCAGCGGCGGCGGCGGCAGCAGCGGCGGCGGCGGGCGAGGCCAUCAAUCCCACUUACUACGACUGUCAUUUCGCGCCCGAGGUCAGCGGCCGCCACGCCGCCGCCCUGCAGCUCUAUGGCAACAGCGCCGCCGGUUUCCCGCACGCGACCCCGCAGGCGCACGCGCACCCGCACCCGUCGCCGCCGCCGCCCGGGUGCGGCGGAGGGGGCGGCCAGGACUACUACCACGCCGGCGCCGGCAGCCCGGUCGCUGCCUACCAGGCCGCCCCACCUCCUCCUCCGCACCCUCCGCCGCCGCCGCCUCCCCCCUGCGGCGGGAUUGCCUGUCACGGGGAGCCCGCGAAGUUUUACGGAUACGAUAACUUACAGAGACAGCCGAUUUUUACGACCCAGCAAGAGGCCGAGCUGGUACAAUAUCCUGACUGUAAAUCGUCCAGUGGUAAUAUUGGCGAGGACCCAGACCACUUAAAUCAGAGCUCGUCUCCUUCUCAAAUGUUUCCCUGGAUGAGACCACAAGCAGCUCCAGGUAGACGGAGAGGAAGACAAACCUACAGUCGCUUCCAAACCCUAGAAUUGGAAAAGGAAUUCCUUUUUAACCCUUAUCUGACCAGGAAGAGAAGAAUCGAGGUCUCCCAUACCCUGGCGCUCACGGAGAGACAGGUAAAAAUCUGGUUCCAGAACAGGAGAAUGAAAUGGAAAAAAGAAAACAACAGAGACAAGUUUCCCGUGUCCAGGCCGGAGGCGAAGGACGGAGAACCCAAAAAGGAAGCGCCAGAGCUGCAGGAAGACGGAGCCGACGGCCCCGCAAAUUAACUUCUACCUUUAAAUUUUUACCACAGACUGUUAGGACUAAUGAUCAGUGUAUGCUGGUGAACGCCACCUUUUCUCCCUCUCUUCUUUUUUUGGGAAAGAACUUUGCCUGUGUUUCAAGCUACCUUAAUGUCACUGCUCUUGAGGUUUCUGCGCUUUGAAAGGGAUUUGGGUGUUUAAAAAAAAAAAAAGUUUGUAGUAUUGCAUAGUGCCAGUCCUUGAGCUGUCCUAUAGAAGGGUAAUUUGAUACCGGCCUUGUAGCUAUAUUUUUAUAAUGGUAAUUUUUAACGUCUGAGCUGGUGAUUUGCCUCAACAACGUAAACUUCCUAAUGAUCAGCACUAAAUGAUUGACUAUAAAAUGCUUUAUUAAUCAAACAAGUGCACUUGAACAUUUUAAAUCUUUAUGGUGAGUAAAUUAGUAAAUUAAAAGAAAUCUAUUAAUAUUUUUAAAAUUAUGCCUGCAGAAUAUUUACUUUAUUAUUUGAUAAAUGAAUUAUUUAUAUUGUUUCUUUCUGCUUUUAUAACGAUGGUUCAGGUGUCUUCUGGUUUACUUCCAGGUUUCUUUUAGCUUUUUGUAAAUGUCUGUCAGGGAAGAGUCUGGGCUAAAUAUUGGAAAAGCACAUUAGCUGAAAAGUGCAAUGUAUUGUCCAGGUCCUCUGCUUGCUUAAACUUGGGAGAGUG